AUGAAUCUUAAGAGCAAUACACCACCUGGAGAUCCUGACGUAGUCCUCAGCAUGCGCCUCAAGAGCAUGAGUCUUAAAAUCGAUUUUUCUUUAGCUGAAAACUUUGCUUCGGAAAAGCUUGAGCCAGAUCGACACAGUCAGACUGGGAAUAUUUUGAGUCGGAACCAUCACCAAUUGAUUCUUGGCAGCACCAAGAUGGCGAACGCCAGACAGAUUUACCCAAGAGUGGAUGUAGAGGUCAUUUGCGCGUGUCAAAGCUUCUGUACUGUAAGAGAAACUGAUGUCAAACAGACAACGACUGGGCUCCUUUUCGCCGUGGCGAUAAUCACGGCCUCCGCGCGAACAGCAAUCCGAAUUAAGUUUCACCGGAGGCUGUUCGCAGACGAUGCGUUCUUGUUCAUCGCCUGCUUGGCACUCACUGCACUGUUUGCGACUGUUCUCUAUUACACAUCGACUACAUAUACCGCAACGGCUAUUCUGAGUGGCCAAUUGCGGGAAGGAUCGACAGUAUCACCAGCGAGCGUGGAUUUGGGUGCAGUGGUCUCAGGAUACCGGAAAGUCCAAUAUCUUCGGGCAUCUUUGGCUUGGCUCACCAUCUUUGCGGUAAAAUUCUCGUUUUUAUGCUUCUUUCGCCCCUUAACCGACCGCCUACCGAGAUUGCUUCUGUAUUGGAGAGUGGUCGUCGCAACAAACAUACUUGCGUUUGUGUAUUGUGUUGCCUGUAAUUUCCUCGGUUGCUUAGGAUCUAGUGAUGAUACUUUGCAAUGUCUGACAGGCUCGAGCUCCCAAAGACUGGCUUUCAUUAUUGGAUUCGCGAUAGCACUCGACGUUCUGACUGACAUCCUAAUAGUCAGUAUCCCGGUGUACAUUAUCUGGAAGGUGAGAAUGAAGCCGGGUCAGAAGUCGGGUAUUGGAGCCUUCCUCUGUCUCAGCACCUGCAUGAUAACCGUUGCGUGUGUGCGAUUUUCCGGUACUCACACUCAUGCCAACAUCCUUCAAAGCUGGGAGUAUUUUUGGCUUGAGGUCGAGGCGUGUGUUGCCGUGUGUAUGGUGUCUGUUUGUGCUUUUCGCUCAGUCUUCGCCUCGAGCGACCGGAGAGCCGGAUCCAAGAAAGUCAGACCAUGGUAUUCCUCGACGGUGGCAAGACUGAGAAACCGGGAUAAGCUGUCUGAUGGUAAUCAUGACCUGAACGAUCUUCCAACAGUCCCUUCAGCUACAAUGUCUGGCAUGCGAACAUUUAUUAGAUCGAGUAAACUUGGCUCAGAAGCGGAUGGGGAUUACAAAUUCGCUAACUACAAGUUCCUAAGCGGCAGUCAGGGUGAUGCUUAA